GAACGGAAGGGAGGGCUGCCUCUGGAGAGGGUUGCCGAGCGGACAGCGGGAACGCGCUCCGGGGGUGGGGACGCUAGAGCUCACGACUGUUCAAUGACAAAUCGACUGGGGACAGCUGGGGUCCGGCCCCAGGACGGGGCGGGGCGCCCGUGAGAGCGGCGAUUCUGGUUGUACGCAAAGCCAGUGCGGCGGUGGGACGGCUCCCCCAGCUCCUCAUCUGGGCCAUCUGUCCGUGUGUCACCAUCUCAGACCAGCAGGAUGGCUGCCAACAAAGGCAGGAGCCAGGGCUCCCUGGUGCUUCACAAGGUCAUCAUGGUUGGCAGCGGAGGGGUCGGCAAGUCAGCCCUGACACUUCAGUUCAUGUAUGACGAGUUUGUAGAAGACUAUGAGCCCACCAAAGCUGACAGUUACAGAAAGAAGGUGGUUCUCGACGGGGAAGAAGUUCAGAUAGACAUCCUGGACACAGCCGGCCAGGAGGACUAUGCAGCCAUCCGUGACAACUACUUCCGAAGCGGAGAAGGCUUUCUGCUGGUGUUCUCCAUCACGGAGCACGAGUCUUUCACCGCCACAGCCGAGUUCAGGGAACAGAUUCUCCGAGUCAAGGCCGAGGAGGAUAAGAUCCCGCUACUGGUUGUGGGCAACAAGUCGGACCUGGAGGAGCGGAGGCAGGUGCCCGUGGAUGAGGCCCGAGGCAAAGCGGAAGAGUGGGGUGUGCAGUAUGUGGAGACAUCUGCAAAGACCCGCGUCAACGUGGACAAGGUGUUCUUUGAUCUGAUGAGAGAAAUCCGGGCAAAAAAGAUGUCGGAAAACAAGGACAAGAAUGGCAGGAAAAGCAGCAAGAGCAAGAAGAGCUUCAAGGAUCGGUGCUGCUUGCUGUGAGCAGGCUGCGGACACAGCAGAGUGGGCCACAGUGCAGCGCAGUGAGCCCGAGGUGGCCUCCCGGCUGGCUGGCCCCGGCUGGCUCCCUGCUCUCCGCAGCUGCAUUCACUACCACUUCUUGAGUUGGGACAGAUAUCCCCGCAUCGGUGGCUGGCAGAAGAGUCUGUGUAAUGCAUCUGUUAACUUCGCCAGGAGCUUUGAGAGUCUGCCCCCCUCCCACCCUUCCUGAACCGUGACUGCCACCAGCUCUAGGGUCUUAGUGCCCGAGAUCAGGAGCCCGAGAUGUGACGACAAGAAAGUAUUGCCAGCUUAUUCCCCUCGUUCUGGGACAUGGUCAUCUUUGUUAGAAAAUCUAAAUGCUUCAUAUUAGCUGGGCAUGGUGGUGCACCCCUGUAGUCCCAGAACUCUAGAAGGUAAGGCAGGGAGGGUAUCCUGAACCCAAGGCCAGCCUGGACUACCUAGCAAGACCCUGUCUCUAGAAGAAAAAAAUAAUUAACAUCUUAUUUUCUUAGAUUUUAAAAAAGGAUCUCCGGCAAGGCCCCUCAUCCGUUCUUACCAGUUUAGAAGUAGACAGGGAAAAAAAAAAAUCAAAGCUCAGGUAUUACUGAAAAAAGCCAAAACGAUUUGUUUCUCUCCUUUCUUUCUUUCUUUCUUUCUUUCUUUCUUUCUUUCUUUCUUUCUUUCUUUCUUUCUUUCUUUCUUUCUUUCUUUCUUUCUUUCUUUCAGAUAAACUGUAGCUUGAAAGCAGAAUUAGAAAGAUGAACUUCACUUGGGCCAGAUAGGCUGAACCAAGCUUCCUGGCUCCUAGAGAAAGUGGGAUGCUGUUCUCUUCAUAUUUAAAUGCCAGCCAGGUGCUGGCUGUGGGCUUUCCCUCCUCAACACCCUUACUUAGUGAGCACCCUUACUUAGUGAGUGUGUGGGGGAGAUGCAGGCCAGUGCCCCACAGCGGGCUUGCCUUUUCUGACUAGGUCAUUUCACAUCUUCUGGUUCCCUCCCACACCAGCCAUAGGCCUGUUCUUCCUUCUGAAAAAUGUGACCAGUUCGAACUAUGUCCCAGAACAUGGGACCUGGCGCCAGCUACCUCUCUAGACUCCCGGUGACUCUCAAUUUACAAGCAGAAGAGGGGAAGGCUUAGAAGGGUCAUCUCCUGUAGCUCCCAGCAGCUGAUUCUGAUGGCACUGAGAUGAACCAGGUUCCAGAGGCCUCUCUGUUAAGCUUCCUAACAGGAAAAGGGGCUCUGGGACAGGGGCCUGCCACAGAGCACACACUCCUCCCAUUUUCCAGAAGUGAACAUUUCAUGUUUAGGUGUCGAAUGUGAAUCUGGGUGGGGAGAGGGGGAGCCCUUCAAAUGGAUGGUUUUUUGGCUUUUGGGUUGUUUUUUGUUUUUUUUUUUUUUAUAGAGGUUAUGGGAACCAAGGUCUGAUCCCUGGAAACUGAUCUGGUGUCACUUCCAAAGAAUCAUGGGCUUUUUCGAAUAAAAAAAUUUACACUUUUCA